AUGGAACUCGUAAGUCCUUACAUGAAACAGCGCGCUCCAUUGUACAUGCAUUGUUUUGAUGAGAUCGUUUGCUGUGUGAAACUCUCCAGUGUGCUGAAAUGCCGUCAGGCAUGUCUUAUGGAUGCAUCCAAGGGAAGUAUCUCUGGUUUGGACUCGAUGAUCGCAAACUUGAGGGCAAUGAGACAUAGGUGUGGCAACCAAAUCGAGAGUGAUGAGAAGGAGAUCAUCGAAAUCGAUAAGAACAUUGCAAGGCUCUCAGCCAGCCAGAAGAAGUACGAGGAUGUGUGA